CCCAUGGAGAUACCUCUCACCCGGCUGACCUUUCCCCAAGGCCUGCUGAUUGUGGUGGCCGGGGCUGAGUUCCUGGUCGGCUUGCUUGGGAAUGGCGUCCUUGUGGUGUGGAGUCUGAAAGAAUGGGCCAGGAGAGCCAACCUGACCCCCUACAGCGGGAUCAUCCUGGGCCUGGCCGCCUCCCGCUUUCUCCUGCAGUGGCUGAUCAUGGCGGACCUUGCCUUGUUUCCGUCCUUCCAGGGUAGCUGGCAGCUCUACAUCCUCAGUCUCGUCUGGGUCCCGGUGAGCCAGGCCAGCGUGUGGUUUACCACCUUCCUCAGUGUUUUCUACUGCCUGAAGAUCGCCACCUUUGAGUACCCUGCCUAUGUGUGGCUGAAGCGGCAGGCCUACCACCUGAGCCUCUGGUGCCUCCUUGGUUACUGCAUCCUCACUCUGAUCUUGGUGGACCACAUCAUCCGACAAGCCUACGUGCUCUUCAAGAGCAACAGUAGCAUCCCGCAUUCCCCUAUAGGGCAGCAUUACGGCUACCUAACCCUGCUCAACUCCGGGAGCUGGCUCCCCUUCCUGCUGUUUCUGCUGUACUCUGGGAUGCUGAUGGCGUCCCUGUACAGGCACCACCGGAAGAUGCAGGUCUUCAAGGCGGGCAGGAGAGAUGCCCAGGCCCAGGCUCAUAUCAUGGCCUUGAAGUCCCUGGGCUGCUUCCUGGUUCUCCACAUAGUAUAUAUCCUGGCCAGCCCCUUCUCCAUCACUUCCAAGCACCCAUCUCCAAGUCUCACCUCUGUCCUCUUCUUCGAGACCCUCAUGGCCGCCUCCCCCUCUCUUCACUCUGCCCUCCUUGUCCUGGGCAACCCAAGGGCCAAGGAGCUUUGGCGCAGAAUCCUGCAGAAGGUGGUGGGCACGUGCAGAGAUGGGGGCCCCUGUCUUGAGGAGAUGGGGGCAGAGGGCUGUGUAAGACACCGAUGA